AUAAAUAUGACCAGUCUAUGAAUCAACCACAGGACUUUAAUGAAAGCACAUAUCCUGGGGUCAGCUUUGAAGUCGUCAACAUGUUCAAAUCAAAUCUGAUGAAGAAGUUUGAGCGUCUGUAUGAGGGAACAGCGAUGCAGGGAAACCCAACACUCCUGAAUGAGAUCUACACAGAGCUCUACAUCACAGAGAGUGAGAGUGGAGAGCUCAGUAAUGAGCAUGAGGUGAGACAGAUUGAGACACAAUCCAGGAGAGCAGCAACAGAGGACACAGCCAUCAAAUGCAAUGACAUCUUUAGACCUUUACCUGGACAAGACAAACCCAUCAGAGCUGUGCUGACAAAGGGAGUCGCUGGCAUUGGAAAAACAGUAUCUGUGCAGAAGUUCAUCCUGGACUGGGCUGAAGGGAAAGAGAAUCAGGACGUCCAGCUCAUAUUUCCGCUUCCUUUCAGAGAAGCCAAUUUGAUUAAGGACAAAACACUCAGUUUUUCAGAUCUUCUUCAUGUCUUUUUCCCUGAAACAAAAGAAAUGGAAAUAUCCAGUGAUGAAUAUAAAGUGUUAUUCAUCUUUGAUGGUCUGGAUGAGUGUCGUCUGUCUCUGGAUUUUCAGAGCGAUGUGAGGUUAUGUGAUGUAAGUGAAUCAGCCUCAGUGGAUGUGCUGCUGAUGAACCUGAUUGUGGGGAAUCUGCUUCCCUCUGCUCUCAUCUGGAUCACCUCCAGACCAGCAGCAGCUGAUCUCGUCCCCUCUGAGUGUGUCCAUCGAGUGACAGAGGUACGAGGCUUCAAUGAGCCACAGAAGGAGGAAUACUUUAGGAAGAGAAUCAGUGAUCAGAGUCUGGCCAAUACAAUCAUCUCACACCUGAAGUCAUCAAGUAGCCUCUACAUCAUGUGCCACAUCCCAGUGUUCUGCUGGAUCUCAGCCGCUGUUCUGGAGAAGAUGUUGAGUCGAGCAGAGAGUGGAGAGAUUCCCAAGACUCUCACUCAAAUGUACACACACUUCCUGAUCCUUCAGACCAACAUCAAACAUGAGAAGGAUUAUGAGAAGAACGAGACAGAUGAAGACAUGAUCCUCAAACUGGGCAAACUGGCUUUUCAGCAGCUUAUGAAAGGCAACCUGAUCUUCUAUGAGGAAGACCUGAGAGAGUGUGGCAUUGAUAUGACAGAAGCAUCAGUGUACUCAGGAUUGUGCACUCAGAUCUUCAGAGAGGAGUUGGGCUUGUAUAAGGGGAAAGUCUUCUGCUUUGUUCAUCUGAGCAUUCAGGAACAUCUAGCAGCUCUAUAUGUGCACCUCUCCUGGACAAACAACAACAAAAAUGCAUUUGACCAAAUCACCAAACAGAGUUUGUUGUCUAAAGUUAAGGACUGGUUUCAUCACAAUUCAUUAGAACAUGUUUCUUUAUCUGAGCUGCACCAGAGAGCUGUGGAUGAGUCUCUACAGAGUAAAAAUGGACAUCUGGAUCUUUUCCUGCGGUUCCUUCUGGGUUUGUCAGUGGAGUCUCAUCAGAUUCUCCUACAAGGACUAAUGAAACCAACAACAAGCAUCUCUGAUAGCAAUGAGAAAACAGUUGAGUACAUCAAGUUGAAGAUCAGGACCAUUGACUCUCCAGAGAAAUCCAUCAAUCUGUUCCACUGUCUGAAUGAAAUGGGUGACCGUUCACUAGUGGAGGAAAUACAGCAGUAUCUGAAAUCUGGAAGAAUAAAGGAAGCCAAACUAUCUUCAUCUCAGUGGUCAGCUUUAGUUUUUGUGUUGUUGACAUCAGAGAAGAAGCUGGAUGAGUUUAAUAUUAAUACAUUUAUUGGAGAAAAAAAUAAAAUGGAAAAAAUAAAAGUUCUUCUAAAGCUGCUGCCUGUGAUAAAAGAAUCCAGAUCAGUUCAGUUUAGGGAUUGUGGUCUCACAGAUGAAGGUUUUGCUGCUCUGGCUUCAGCUCUGAGAUCAAACCCGUCACACCUGAGAGAACUGAAUAUGUCUGGGAGUAAAAUAGGAAAUUCAGUGUAUCUGCUCUCUGUUGUACUGAAGGAUCCUCACUGUAAAUUGGAGAAUCUGAGGUUAAGAUAUUGUGAUCUCACAGAUGAAGGUUGUGCUGCCCUGGCUUCAGCUCUGAGAUCAAACCCCUCACACCUGAGAGAACUGAAUCUGUCUAAGAAUAAAAUAGGAGUUUCAGUGAAUCUGCUCUCUGCUGUACUACAAAAUCCUGAUUGUAAACUGAACAAACUGUGGUUGAGUUAUUGUGGUCUCACAGAUGAAGGUUGUGCUGCUCUGGCUUCAGCUCUGAAAUCAAACCCCUCACACCUGAGACAACUGGAUCUGUCCUGGAAUAAAAUAGGAAAUUCAGUGAAUCUGCUCUCUGCUGUAAUGGAGGAUCCUCAAUGUAAACUGGAGAUACUGAGGUUGAGUAAUUGUGGUGUCACAGAUGAAGGUUGUGCUGCUCUGGCUUCAGCUCUGAGAUCAAACCCCUCACACCUGAGACAGCUGCAUCUGUCUGAGAAUAAAAUAGGAAAUUCAGUGAAGCUGCUCUCUGCUGUACUAGAGGAUCAUCAUUGUAAUCUGGAGAAACUGUGGUUGUGGCAUUGUGGUGUCACAGAUGAAGGUUGUGCUGCUCUGGCUUCAGCUCUGAGAUCAAACCCCUCACACCUGAGACAUCUGGAUCUGUCUGGGAAUAAAAUAGGAAAAUCUGAAGUGAAGUUACUCUCUGAUCUGAGGGAUGAUCCACAUUAUAAACUGGAGAAUGUAAUCUGCUGACUCUCAGUAUUUAGACAUCAGUCCAGUUUCCUCAGGAUCAGCUGAUGGUGAAUUAAGGAGCCGCUACAGAGACGUCACAAUCACACAAUCAACAGAGAUACACAGCGAUUACACUGUUGUAAGUGUAGCCCCCUUACCACUUUACCGCUGGACUGAUAAGGGCCUGAGUUUGAAAUACUAAUUGAUCCUUUGUCUAGCUGUCUCCUGAUAGAAAUGUAUUACUAACUGAUUACUUGUUAAAUUAUGUUCACUUCAAAAUACUCAUUAUACAAUUCAAUCAAGGAAAUGGAACACAACACACUACACAAUUAAAUGAGUGAAUUCGAAGAUGUAUUAAUAUGAAUUCAAGUAGGCAAAUGCCAAAAAAGUGUAUGA